GCGCUUCUUUCUGGUCGCUUCGCGGGAAGCGGGGGUCCUUUCUAUGAUCUCGCUUCUGGGAUAGCAUUUCCGGUCUCAGGGAGCGGAGGCCUCGGAGGAGAAAACUUCAUUUCCUCGCUGCCCGGCUCCCGGAACUCUAGGACUUAGCCUCGGCCGACCUGGCGGGGGGAAGAGUUAGAGAGACGGACAAGGGGCGGGGGCGGGGGUGGCCGAGAGCUUCCGAGAGCGCCGGAAGUACGGUGCUCGGAAGGGACCGACGCAGGCUGACUUGCGUUGUCCUCGUCGGCGUCGAGCUUGUAGGAGUCGGGAGGGAUGCGGAGGUGCGGGAGACCUGAGUCCGAGUCGACACCACCGUCGUGACCGCCGGCAAGUCCCUUUUCUGUGCCUUCCUUGGCUCAGCUGCCAAGUGUGUCGUGGAGGAACCGCUCUUAGCUUCCAGCCUGGAGAAACGGGGUCGUUCAGGCAGCACUCGUGGGAGACGAGGGCCAGAGAUUCUGGGUUCUGAGCCUGCUGUCCAAGAAACUCAGAAGGAGGAGUUGACAGUCUCUGCGUCCCUCACCUGCCUGGGACAGGACCCGGCAUGUCUCAGGCCACCAAGAGGAAGCAUGUGGUGAAGGAGGUGCUGGGGGAGCACAUGGUGCCCUCUGAUCAGCAGCAGAUCGUGAGGGUACUCAGGACCCCAGGGAACAAUCUGCAUGAAGUGGAGACAGCCCAGGGGCAGCGCUUCCUGGUAAGCAUGCCUUCCAAAUACCGAAAGAACAUCUGGAUCAAGAGAGGGGACUUUCUCAUUGUUGACCCUAUUGAAGAGGGAGAAAAGGUGAAGGCUGAGAUCUCCUUUGUGCUCUGCAAGGACCAUGUGCGCUCUCUGCAGAAGGAGGGGCUCUGGCCUGAGGCCUUCUCUGAAGUGGCUGAGAAACACAACAACAACAGGAACAGACAGACUCAGCCAGAACUCUCAGCUGAGCCGCAGUCAUCAGGAGAAGAGUCCAGCUCUGAAGACGAUUCCGACCUCUUUGUUAACACCAACCGCAGACAGUAUCAUGAGAGUGAGGAGGAAAGCGAAGAGGAGGAGGUGGCCUGAGACCCCAGAACCCACUUUUCCUCUUGCUCAGAGACUCUUUGGCUCCUCUGAGCAUGGACAUUCCCAGGGUGCUCUGCAGGUCUUCCCCACUGGAUGGGGACAAGGCAGAGCCCCUCUCUGAACUGACCUUCUGACCCAGGAGAAUUAAACCCCUGGUGGGUGGUGACUU